AUGUCUAACCAAAAUGAUCAACAUAGCCAAAUAGAAGAGCAUAUUCUCAAAUAAUAUGACAUACAGGAUUACAAAGGUAAAGGAGCCUACGGAAUAGUGUGGAAGGCAAUCGACAAAUAAACCAAACAAUAAGUGGCAUUAAAAAAGGUUUUCGAUGCUUUCUCAAAUUAAACAGAUGCUCAAAGAACAUUCAGAGAAGUUUGUUUCUUAUAAUAAUUAACAGAACAUGAAAAUAUUGUUAAAUUAUUAAAAGUAAUUCAAGCAGAAAACUAGAAGGAUUUAUACAUGGUAUUUGAAUAUAUGGAAACUGAUUUACAUAAAGUAAUAAGAGCAGGUUUACUAAAUCCAUUGCAUAUGCAAUACAUAAUAUAUUAGUUGUUAAAAUGCUUAAAAUUUAUUCAUUCUGGAGAAUUAAUUCACAGAGAUUUGAAACCUUCGAAUUUAUUGAUUGAUUCUGAUUGUAAAGUGAAAGUUGCUGAUUUUGGAUUGGCAAGAAGCGUGGCUUAAUCUGAAAAUUAAUAUGAAUUACCAAUAAUGACUGAAUAUGUAGCUACAAGAUGGUAUAGAGCCCCAGAAAUCUUAUUAGGAUCUCAUCAUUAUUCAAAAUCUGUAGAUAUGUGGAGUGUCGGUUGCAUUCUUGGAGAAAUGAUAUUGGGAAAAGCUAUAUUUGCUGGAGCAUCAACAUUGAAUUAAAUUGAGAAGAUAAUUGAAUUAAUAGGAAGGCCCAAAUAGGAUGAUCUAGAAUUAAUUAAUGCACCAUUGGCUUAAUAAGUAUUAGAUGGAAUUUCUAUGUAAAAACGAAAAAGCUUUGCAGCAUUCUUCCCAAGUGCAUCUCCAGACUUUAUUGAUUUCAUUCGAUAAUGUCUUAAUUGGAAUCCCUAAAAAAGAAUGACAAUUGAUGAAGCAAUAAAGCAUUCAUUAAUGAAAGAGUUUGCAAAUACUGAGGACGAAAAAACGUUGAAGUCAAUAAUCAGAAUUCCUUUUAAUGAAAAUAAAAAAUUAACAAUCAAAGAUUAUAGAGAUAAAAUAACACUAAAUUGUGAAUAGAUUCUAUAAGAAAUUGAAUAAAACACAUUUAACAAAAAUAUAGCCAAGCAAUAUUUGUCUACUCCAUAAAGCUUUUCUACAUAUUUGAAUAAUUACGAUUCGAAGUUUAAUAAACAGAAUCCAAAUUAUCAAGUAUCUUAACCAGUAGAUAAACCAAAGAAACUAGAUUCUUUUUAUAAACCUGAAGGAGUAAAUCCCUAUCCGAUACAAAAGAAGUCUGACUAUUCUCCAACUAUGAAACCUACCAUAUCUAGUAACGUCUCAAACAUUAGUCCAAAUUUGAUUCAACAAAAAUUUGCUUCUACUUAAAAUUAACCUCAUAAUCAAGGAUUAAGAAAAACUUAUACCAACAUAGUGAAUAGACCACAUAAUGAUUUAAAUAAGAGUCCAGAGAUAAAGAAAAAAACAGAAAAUAUUAUCACAAAUGUCACAAAAUCCUAUUCUUUUCAUGGAGAGCCAUAUGAUAGAAGAGUGACUAACGCGAGCUUCAGUACAUAAAAUAAAAAUGACAAUAAACCAUCCACUUCAGUCAGUUAUGUUAGACCAGUCUAAAUAUAAUAGUUAUCAAAUUAUACAACAGCACAGAAUUUUUCAUAAUAAAAAGAAAUCUCAAGGCCUAAGGAUCCCAUUAUGAUAAACUAAGCCCAAAGAAGUAAGUCUUUUGAAAAGUCACCCAUAAAUAUUAAUCCAACAAGUCCUUAUUAAAGGUAAAAGACUGAAGCAUCUAAACCAAAAUUUAUACCCUAAAGCAAUAUUCACAAUAGUGUAGCUUAAGUGCAAAAGUUGCUCUAAAAAUGUUGCCAAGUAUAGAAUUACUAAUAACACAAAAAAGCUUCAAGUGUUAUUGACCCCACAAAAUAAUAACCAUAAUAAAUUUAACAAACCAUCAAUUACAAUUAUUUUGACAUAAGGAAUUCAAAAUUUAUGUGA